GAUGGUUGACUUGGGUGGUUAUUUUGGUGGGCUGACCUUGAUCUUGACUGACAGGAUGCUCAGCUCUAUAAGACGGCCCUGCAGAGAGGAGCAGCACACAUCACAGCAAAUUCAUCAUUCUGUCAACAGGCAAUAAUGGAUUCUCUCUUCAGAGGCACCCUGUGGACCAUACUCAUCCUCUUCACACUGCCACACCUCACCUGCAACAUGCUGUGCCCCGGCAGCUGUCUGUGUAACUUUAAAGGUGCCGUCAAGUGUGUUGGCGACGCCAUCACAGAUAUACCACAUAAUCUGCCCGUCCACACGUACCUGCUGCAACUUAAUGGCACUCAAAUGAACAUCAUCAAUGAGCGGAGCUUGGCUGACCAGGACCUGCUGUUGCGUUUCAGUCUGACAUACAGCCACUUACAUGCUAUCCAUCCCAAUGCCUUCCACGUUGCUCCACAGCUCAAGUCUCUCAAGCUGUCGUCCAACGAUCUCUCUACCAUCUCUGCUCGGGUCUUCAGUCCGUUGGCGACACUGGAGCAACUGCAUUUAGAUGGGAACCAGUUGGAGACCAUAGCUCCGGAUAUGUUUGAAGGACUAGUUAGUUUGCUGGAUCUGGACCUGAGCCGGAACAAACUGACCAGUCCUGCUUCAGAUAUUUUCGAUGGACUGACCAAACUCACCUUCCUGAACCUUGGCAGGAACUCCAUAAAUAAGCUUCCACCAACCAUCUUCCACUCCUUGACUAAUCUUCUCCAGCUCAUGAUCUAUAACAACGAGUUGGAGGAGCUAGAAGCUGGGAUUUUUGAUAAACUUGUUAACCUUGUGGAGCUAAAGAUCCACCACAACCAAAUUACCAUCCUUCCCCCUCAGGUAUUUUGGUCACUGAAGAACCUUAAGACCCUCACCCUCUCCUCCAACCGACUUCAGGCUAUCCCAGAAAAGACCUUCUACAACAUGCCAAAGCUGACCAAGCUCACCAUUUACAGCAACCCGCUAUUAUCUUUACCAGACCAGCUAAUGGGUCACAUGCCUGAUAUGACAGACUUGUAUCUGUAUGCUACUAAUCUCACCACUGUUCCUGGAAAUGUGUUCGCAAACAUGUCAGGACUUUUGAGGCUUAACUUCCAUUUAAACGACAAGCUGAGGGAUUUGCCUUCGGACCUCUUCUGCUGCCUUCCCAAACUCGAGAAGCUGUCAUUGAAAUCCAAUGACCUCCUUUAUCUACAUCCCCAGCUGUUCUCCGGACUAACCACACUUGGCAUACUGCUUCUCAAUGACAAUAAGUUGAAGAGUCUACCAGAUAACAUCUUUCAGGGCCUUGGAGGGGUUUUGACAGUUGAUUUGAAGAAUAACCAUCUCGAGACUCUUUCAGGAGAUACUUUCUUGUCAAAUUCAGUUUUGAAGGCUCUUCAUCUGGGUGGCAACCCCUGGGACUGUACUUGUAGUAUUAGAGGUAUUGCAAAAUGGAUAAGAAAACAUGAGCAUGUUGUUCUUGACGGACAGGAUGUGACAUGUCAUAGUCCUGUGUUACAACUGCUCCGUACCAUUGACUCUCUGCAGGAUGAGGAAUUCAACUUUUGCGAUGCUAAGAUACUCAAGUCAAGUUAUUUGUUCACCACACCAACACCAGUUGUUGCUUCAACCACCACAAUGCCCACCACAAUGCCCACUACAAUGCCCACCACAAUGCCCACUACAAUGCCCACCACAAUGCCUACCACAAUGCCCACCACAAUGCCCACUACAAUGCCCACCACAAUGCUCACCACAAUGCCCACCACAAUGCCCUCCACAAUGCCCACCACAACAUCAGGGACCACUGAAGGCGCUACCCAACAAGUCACCAUCCUUACAACCACUCCAACUACAAAACCACCACCCUCCACCAUCUUAUCCACAAUGCUCCAAACUCCCACCACCAACGAGCCUAACGAGGAGUUUCUUCCCAACACUGAGAAGCCCUCGUCUCAUUACAAGACGGCUAAUUUCUAUGACACACUGGUGAUUGAAGAGGGACCGGAGUUUGUUCACCACAACCUUCACAAGGGCUGGGUGUACGUGUGGUUUCUGCCUUUGAAUGCGGCCUUGACCGGGCUACUCAUGUUCUGCUAUAUCUUUCUUGUGGCUGCAAGCUUGUUCCUAAUUUUUGCUGCCGUGUUUUGCAUGUAUCGCCUCAACAACAGCAUGGAUAAGCUCAAGGCUGAGUGUGCACAUCCUCCAGAGAAGAAAAUGGCUCUGCCCCUGAAGCUUGAAGUGCUCCUUCUUAUCUGCUCUUUCCACACUGUUGUUUGGGCGUGCCCAGAUGGAUGCUUGUGUAAAGGAACCCAAAUCUUCUGCAGAGAGCUCUCAGGCUUCCCCACGAGUGUGCCCUCAGCAACCACAGCCACCUACCUCUCCAAUUGCAGUAUCUACUCCCUGAAACCAGAGGACCUGACUGAUUUUUCUGAUGCACUUGAGAUAUUUUUUAUGAAAGACACAGUUUUAAGGGAAGUACGCACUGGCACCUUUGAUUUAUCUCCGAAUAUGGGUGUCUUAGGGUUUACUACAACUGAAUUACAAGAUCUCCCUGAAGCCUUGUUCCAAAAUCUUCCAAAACUCAAGUCUCUGAAUCUGAAGAGCAACAAGCUCCUGGUACUCCGCCCUAACUGGUUUUUCACGUUGGCAGAGCUACAACUCCUUGACCUCAGCAAAAAUCUUUUCACUUAUGUACCUGUAGAAACUUUUCACCCUCUUGCUGAGCUGCAGAUCCUUCUUUUUUCUGGAAACAAUAUCAGUCAUCUACCUGGAGAGACAUUCAAGGGUCUUUCAAAGCUGAAAACCUUACGGCUUAACAAAAACUCUCUACAGGAAAUACCCCUUGGAAGUUUGGAUGACCUUGGAGAACUGGAGGAACUAUCCCUACAUGACAAUCUAAUCACUCAUCUCCACCAGGAUCUGUUCUCCAAGACUUUGAAACUCCAGAAGCUGUACCUCUCCAACAACAGGCUCAGAUCUCUUCCACAAGGGAUCUUCUUAAACCUACCCAUUCUUUCCCAGAUCUCCUUGUAUGAAAACCAGUUGGAGAGUCUGGGGCCAGGAGUGUUUGGGCCCAUGGCCCUGCAGGAGUUGUGGCUGUAUGACAACAAACUGAGUCAUGUGGAGGAUGACACAUUCAGAAACCUGACACAGUUGCGUCUCCUGAUCCUCAGUCGCAACCAAAUCAGCUCUGUAUCCAUCAGGGCAUUCGGAGGGUUGGAGCAGCUUGGAGAGGUAUCACUUCACACUAAUCUGCUCACAACACUGCAAGCUGGGACUUUCCAAGAUCUGCCGAGUCUGGUCAACAUUUCUUUGGAGCAUAACCUCAUCAGCACCCUACCUUUGGGAUUUCUCCAGGGCGUGAGCAACCUGGGACAGAUAGACCUGCAAAAUAACUCCCUUCUCAAUCUGCCACAAGAGAGUCUAGAUGGGCUCAGUUCAGCAAAGGAGGUUCUCUUGCAGCAGAACCCCUGGAGGUGUGACAGGGAUAUUCUACCACUUAGAAACUGGCUGAAACAGCACCCAUCCAAGGCCAACCAAACGCUUGUGGUGUGUGAAGCACCUUUAAAUCUGAAUGGCGAGGUAAUUGCUCUGCUGGAGGAUAAGAACUUCCUGUCCUUCGGCUCUACAGAGGCCCCUGUGUUGACCUCCACGGAGAAGAGGAGGAAACCACAGACUCCACCAGCGAGACUAAGCACUUCCUCACCUGUAGUCAAGACCACCGCUGCCUCAGAGAGUGGCAGUGAGGAGGUCACCAGUGGUGGGCAAGGGGAGAAGGAUACUGUUUCUAAUGAUAACUCAAUCAUCCUCAUCGUCAUCGCAGUAGUAGCCACUGUCAUCAUCAGCACUGUCAUCAUCGGCUUUGUGUGCUGGAGGAAGAACAAGAGAGGCAGGGGAAAUAUUGGCCGCAGAAACAAGAACUCUGUGCUGUAGAUGAGACCACCCAAUUUUAGCAACCCAAGAACUAUUAAAGCCAAGGGAAAAUGCUAACUGGUUAUUGUGGCUGAGUUGGAAAAUGUGGAGCCCGGAGUUGGUUUAAGCUUCAAAAGCAACAGAAUUCACCACUUCAUUUCAAUUCAGAUGUACCAGCUAAAACAAACAAGUCAACUUUAAAAAUUAAUCAGCUUUCAAUUUAAAUGAUUUUAUUUGUAAUGAAUUUACCAGCCAGUUUUCCCUCAUGUGUGCUGUAAAAAGACAACUGAUAUGGUAUUGACUAAUGGUGAAAACACCACAUUGCCAUCUUGUGGGCAACAUGGACAUUUCGGGGAAUGUAAGCUCAGAGGCUCUGUGUAUUUCUUAUUGCAGACUUAAUACUGCAUUCAGUACUUUGUGAAAUCAAUUUCAAUAGUUGCAGUUUGACAAUGACUCUUUGUGCUAACAAUACUUUUAGGAGACAGGUUUACUUUUUGCAAAACGGCAAUCGUUAAAAAAUAUUUUGACUCGACUGUAACUCAACUCAUACUAUGGUUUCACACUUAAAAUGCAAAAUGUUACUAUACGUUGAAUAAAUGCACUACUUUUAGUGGGAGCAAUCUUA